CAUGUCAAGCCGGUAAAUGUCCGUGCAAGUAUAGAGAAACUUCAUGGUGGCUCCAUCCUGUGGAAAAACGAUGCCUCCUCUAUCAUUAUUAAUUCCUUCUUCCCCAACCCUUCUACAACUCCAAUUCCCUUCAUUAUAUUAAUUUCAUCUUUCUCAUGCCCCAAUCUCCACCCAUGGACCGACGGCUCCGGGAGGCCAUCCUGAAGGGAGAGGUCCCUGCCUUCCUUUCUGUGAUUCAAGAAGACGAACAUAUUAUUGAUCAAACAAUUCCAGGGUCGUCAAGCAACAUUUUACACAUAGUAUCACGUUUUGGACACGUAGAGCUGGCAAAGGAGAUUGUGAGGCUGAGGCCGGAAUUGAUGUUCGAGGAGAAUGAGAAGAUGGAGACCCCAUUGCAUGAAGCAUGCAGGGAAGGGAAGAUGGAAAUGGUGAGGUUAUUGGUGGAGACUGAUCCUUGGCUGGUUUACAAGGUGAAUCAAGACAAUGGGAGUGCUCUAACUGUGGCAUGUGAAAGAGGGAAACUUGAUGUGGUCGACUAUCUCUUGAGUUUCCCAGGGCUGCUAAUGUUGGAACUUGAUGGUUUUACCACUUCUCUUCAUGCUGCAGCUUCUGGCGGCCAUACAGACAUUGUAAAGGAAAUCCUGAAGGCACGCCCGGACUUUGCAUGGAAAAAGGAUCUUCAAGGAUGCUCACCUUUACACCUAUGCUGCAAGAAAGGCCACCUUGAAGUAACCAGGGAGCUACUAAGGUUUGACGCCGAGCUCUCUUCCUUGCAAGACAAUGAUGGCCGAACCCCACUUCAUUGGGCAGCAAUCAAAGGCAGAGUGAACAUCAUUGACGAGAUACUCUCAACAAGCCUUGAAUCUGCUGAAGUGAUUACUAAACAUGGAGAGACAGUUCUCCAUCUCGGGGUAAAAAACAAUCAGUAUGAAGCUGUUAAGUACCUUACAGAGAUGCUCAACAUCACAAAGCUUGUUGACAAGCCAGAUAAUGAUGGGAAUACAGCUCUGCAUCUAGCUACUGCUGGGAAACUUAGUACUAUGGUCAUCUACUUACUGAAGCUUGGUGUUGAUGUCAAUGCUAUAAACCAAAAGGGACAGACUGCUCUUGAUGUAGUUGAGUCUGACGUGAGCAAUUCUGGUGUUCUUUUGAUUUUACCUGCAUUACAAGAUGCUGGAGGCAAGAGAAGUGAUCAAUUGCCUCCAAGUUCAAUUGAAAUUCAACAAAUACAACAGGAAAAGAGCUUGCUAACUUCAUCAACAAAGCGAAUGACUGAAUCUAAUACUAAGCAUCACCGUCGUUCUCAGCAUCGCCGCCGACAGAAGCAGCUAGAGCUUCAAACGGAGGGACUACGAAAUGCUCGUAACACGAUUAUUGUUGUAGCAGUUCUAAUAGCAACUGUUACAUUUGCUGCUGGGAUAAACCCUCCUGGGGGUUUUAGACAAGACACAGGGGAAAGCACAACGGGCAGGCAUUCUUCUUUCAAGAUCUUUGUGGUGUGCAACAUUGUGGCAUUAUUUUUGUCCCUUGGCACUGUUGUUUUCCUUGUCAGCAUUGUCCCUUUUCAGCGAAAAUCAAUGAUGAUAUUGUUGGCGGUGACACAUAAGGUUAUGUGGCUAUCCAUAUCAUUCAUGGCGGCCGGUUACCUUGCUGCCAUGUGGACUAUUUUGCCACACGGGCGAGGACGGGGUACGCAAUGGGUAUUUGUAGCAAUAGUGGCUAUAGGGGGAGGGUGCACAAUGGCAAUUUUUGUGGGUUUGGGGGUUUUGCUGGCAAAGCAUUGGCUUAGGAAAUGGGAAUGGAGGCGUAGCAAGGAAAAAAGAAAGAACGAAAGCCCAAGUAGCAGCGUUAGUCGCGUUGAAGAACUAGGUAUGAUGAGAAAAGGCAGCCAUGACUCUAGUAAUUCAGAUGUUGAUAGCUCAGAUAAAGGGGGUUACCACUUGUACUAGAUGCAUGCAGCAAGGUUUAGGCAGACUUUAUAUCUCAAACUCUUAGAUGAAGUCUAGGACUAGUCCAACAAGUGCAGACCAUAUCUCAUUGUGCAGUUAGCCUCUUUCGCUGUAGACAGAUAGCAUUUAGCAGGGUAAUUAAAUAUAGCACGUUCUUUAGUGCUGAUGUUUUAUUUAACUACUUUCCAUUUACUAUCAGCUAGUUCUCAAUAAAUACAGGGUUCUUCUUGUUAA